CAAGAGCUCUUCAUGGAGGUGGCCACCCAAGCGCCUAAAGCAUUAGGGGAUGUGUCAUAUGCCCCUCAGAAACCCGUCUUGGGGGGGAUCUCCCAGGAGGACCCAUCUCAAGUCCCACCAUCAGAAAAUGGAACAACAGUGAUAAUACCGGUGGGAACAUCUCUUUGUGAUGGAGCAGAAACAGCGGUUGUACUUCCAACUCAGGUUCCUGUGUCCUUUGAAGAUGUAACUGUGUUUUUCUCUGAGGAGGAGUGGGCUCUGCUGGAUUUUGAUCAAAAAUCUCUGUACAGAGAAGUCAUGCUGGAAAAUGCUAAGAAUGUGAACUCUUUGCGGAUGAAACUAUAUCAAUGCAUGGAGUGCAGGAAGAGAUUCAAUACAAGCAGUGAUCUCGUUUCCCAUAAAAGAAUCCACUUAGGGGAGAAGCUAUUUAAAUGCAUGGAGUGUGGAAAGGGUUUUAGAAUUAGGAGUGAUCUUACUUCCCAUAAAAGGAUCCACACAAGGGAAAAACCGUAUCAAUGCAUGGUGUGUGGAAAAAACUUCAGUUGGAGCGGUAACCUUACUUCUCAUAAAAGGAUCCACACUGGGGAGAGACCAUAUAAGUGCAUGGAAUGUGGAAAGAGUUUCAGCCAGAGCACUUCCCUUACUUCCCAUGAAAGGAUCCAUACAGGGAUGAAACCAUAUCAAUGCAUUGAGUGUGGAAAGAGCUUUACCCAAAACAGUCAACUUACGAUCCACACAAGGGAAAAACCGUAUCAAUGCAUGGUGUGUGGAAAAAACUUCAGUUGGAGCGGUAACCUUACUUCUCAUAAAAGGAUCCACACUGGGGAGAGACCAUAUAAGUGCAUGGAAUGUGGAAAGAGUUUCAGCCAGAGCACUUCCCUUACUUCCCAUGAAAGGAUCCAUACAGGGAUGAAACCAUAUCAAUGCAUUGAGUGUGGAAAGAGAUUCAGUACAAGUAGUGAACUCAUUUACCAUAAAAGGAUCCACACAGGGGAGAAACCUUAUCAGUGCAUGGACUGUGGAAAGAGCUUCCGGAAGAGUAAUGAUCUUACUUCCCAUAAAAGGAUCCACUCAGGAGAGAAGCCAUAUAAAUGUAUGGAGUGUGGAAAGAGCUUUACCCAAAACAGUCAACUUACCUCCCAUAAAAGGAUCCACACUGGGGAGAAGCCAUAUAGAUGCACAGAGUGUGGAAAGAGCUUCACCACAAGUGGUUCCCUUACAUCCCAUAAAAGGAUCCAUACAGGGGAGAAACCAUAUAAGUGCAUGGAAUGUGGAAAGCGUUUCAGCCGGAGAGAUUCCCUGAGUUCCCAUGAAAGGAUCCACACGGGGGAGAAACCAUAUCAAUGCAUGGAAUGUGGAAAGAGCUUCAGUAAGAGCAGUCAUCUUUCUUCCCAUAAGAGGAUCCACUCAGGGGAGAAACCAUAUAAAUGCACAGACUGUGAAAAGAGCUUUCAUACAAGCAGUGACCUGAUUUCACAUAAGAGGAUCCACUCUGGUGAGAAGCCAUAUCAUUGCAUGGACUGUGGGAAGAGUUUCAGUACAAGCAGUUCCCUGACUUCACAUAGGAGGAUCCACACAGGAGAGAAACCAUAUCAGUGCAGAGACUGUGGAAGGAGUUUUAGUCACAACACUUCCCUCUCUUUUCAUAAAAGGAUCCACACAAGGGAGAACCCAGCUGGCAGCUUAUAAAAUGGAAGGAGCUUCAUUCAGGGUAGUGAACUUCUUGUAAAAGGAGCCACAUAGGGGAGAGGCCAUACACAGUACAUGCAUGCAGGGUGGAAAGAACUUAAGUGAUUCCAUUUCUGAUCACAACGUCAAAAUGGAAAGGGGAUGGAUUAUGAUUAAAGAAAGUGAGUUAGAGUCAAGGAAGGGCAAGAGAGCCAAUUUGAUCUAGUGGUUAAGGCACUAGGCUAGAAUCCAGGGGAGUGUGUGUGUGAAAUUUAAUUAAGGCCAGAGGUGGACUUCUCUCUUUUCUUCCUUUCUGUAUCCAUUUAUUUAUUCUUCCAGUGAAACAUCUGCAGUCCUAUUCCUCUCUGCAUCCCCCCCCCAUUUCCAGUAAAACUACCUCAAUUUCUUGUAUUUUUGUUGUUUCUGUUGGAAGUCGGAAAGGGGAUGUUUGGGUGUGAGAGAUAAUGGUGGCUGCAUGUACAUAAGAAUCAAUUUGCUUCCUUAUUUGA